UCCCUUUCCCCUCUCUUCCUCCCUCAUCACUUCUCCCCUCCUCUCCUCCUCCUCCUCCUCCUCCUACUAAAACCCUUCUCUCAACUCCACUCGGCAACAUUUCUUCUUCACAAAAUUUUCCCAUAAAUUCUAAUCCAAAUCCGUCCAAGAUGGCAGAGAAUUGCUCGACCUGGGCGUCCUGGAUCUCCGAUGCCUUCGCCCGCGAGAGCGAAGAACUCACCAGAGCCCUCCAGAUCUCCCUCUCCGACGACUCCCCCGCCCCCAACCUCCCCUCCUCCUCCUCCCCCGAAACCCUCUCCGCCGCCGCCUCCUCCUCCCUCCUCCGCCACCUCGCCGCCGCCGAUAUCGAUUCCGGUUCCACUCGCCGCCGGAAUCCGAUCCCGUGCUCCCCCUGCUCGAAGGUCUCCAAGAGGAAGUCCCGCGCGUCGUCGAAGCGAACUUCGACGACCUACAUCAACGCCGACCCGGCCAACUUCCGCCAGAUGGUCCAGCAGGUGACCGGGAUCCAGCUCGGCGACGCCGGCCUGCCGGUCGAGCCGGUGCUGAAGCCUGAGCCGCAGAGCUGCCUGCCGACGCUCGACACGUCCGCCUUCUUGCUCGACCGGGCCGGUUUGGUAGGACACGCGGCACACGCCGCUGCGGCCCACGGCUUGUCGUUCGGGCCGGCGGCGGUCGAGGCCCCGGCGUUCGACUUCGACCCCUUAGCAAGCUUCCCCACUUUGGAGUCGUGGAGCGUGAUCUAACAACGGAGAAAAUUAUAUAUAUUUUCCUUGCCUUACUUUUUUCAUCAGACGUCUGAUACGGAUCCGAUGGAUGUGAUUUGUACAGCGCACGAUUUCCCAUGUGAUGUACAUGUGGUGGGGCCGAGUUGGGACUUUGUCGUAUUUUUCUUUUUUUAUUUGCUAUAUUAAUGUUGUUUUUUAAA